UUAUCCUCUUGCGGCUUCACGAUGCAUAGGGUACGUCACGCAGAAAAUGGAGCAUAUGCUUUUUGAUGCCUUUUGCAUGAAAUUUUCCUUCCACUGUGACCGGUCGCCUUCACCUAGUCACAAACCAAGGGCUGACACCGGCAGCAUAUAUCGUUUGUGGAUAAAUCAUAUAAGCGGGACACACAAAAAAAACCCUCCAGCUAGGGGCAAAAACGGGAGAUAAAUAUGUGUGUGACGCGCGCCUUUGCUCGGUCGAUCUGACAGCAAUCAGAGCAGACGACAACGGUUCGCUCACGUACGCGAUGGAUUCGCGUGUCAUAUGGUGCAAAAGGCGCAACACGAUGAUCCGUUCGCGCCGAUAACGACACGAAAGUCACCGUUUUUCGACAGGGAAAUGGAACCAAUCGCGAUAGCAGCUGGAAGGGAGGCAGCGAAGUGUGAGAAAGGAACGAGCACGGCACACGAAAGACGGGGACUGGAUACAUUGUCUUAGAUUAGAAAAUUCAAUCAAUCAUUCCCGGUUCUGCUUCUGCGUGGAGAAUGCUGUACCGGUAUGGUGAUGUUUUGGAAAUUGAUCCGAUCGUUUCACGAUGCCACAGAGGCGGUCACACGUAUGGUAACCUUAUUUUUGCUUUAUUUAAACAAGUGUGUUCUUGUCUCAAUGUUGCUUCAAAAUUAAUGCUCUUGAACUUAACAUAUUUGUUCCAGAAUUCAGGUCAAGGAAUGUUCCAGAUCUUCACACCCCCACCAUAUCCAAGGUUAAAAGCAGUUGCAUUUCGUUUCAGUUGUAGUGCUGCAGCUAGUCAAUUUGCAGUCCCUUAGAAGCGGAGUUAUAAAAACGAAAAACAUCUCGCAGAAUCCCAUCAAACAAACUGCCAACGGCCGUAACUGACAUCAAUCUGAAAACAACUUUCGCUUCAACUAUGCUUGCCUCGCUUGCAUCGCUCUUGAUAACUGAUAAGAUUCCAAAUCAACAUAAUGAUAUUAUAUAUUGCACACAGCCCGUUCCAUCCUGUCGUACACGAAUGUUCGGAACUUCUUUCAGCUAUUGCGACGGAAGGCGAACCAACAGCGAAAACUGUUGAAGGCUUCCAACUAACAACUUGCAAACUACUUUUCCUCCCUUUGCCUUGUGUGUGCGUCAAGUGCACGAUGGUGAACUGCCUCGCUGCACGUUGUUCGAGAAGACAAACUUUAAUAAAUUUGUUUAUGAAGCAAACAAAAUUACCUACCCCCGUAGCGUUGGCACCGUGUCGCGUACCGUACCAUCGUAUGCUUUAAGAUAUUAUGGAGAAAGAAAGAGAAAAUAGCAACACGGGUGCUACAGCAGAGCCUUCAUAAUUGUGCUGUGUGGGAAAAAUGAAUCAGGACGAUGUGUUGGAUGUUUGAAGGCUUUGCCAAACGGCCCAUAAGCUGCCGGUGUAUUAUUAAGUGAACCGUAGUGACGAAGAACUUGAGGUAAUGGUGUGUGUAUGUUAACGGAUGAUAACCUUUAGAAGAGUGGAGAAGAGAACAAUUCCAUUUUUAAGUCUCAUCUUGAUUUGAUUCUGCAAAAGAUCUGGAACUUCUUAAAUCUUGGAUGCCUAUGAAGCUAUUCAGCACAUUCGACGACAAAUCCUUUAAAACACUUGUGUUGACAUGUCACCAGCAUGCAAAACAGCUUCUGCCCUGUAAGUUGAAGUCAAUAUUUACCUAGCCGCUCGCAGCCCAACAUAUGUUCUGCAGCAACUUCAAUCAACUCGCGAGUCGUGCGAAUAUAUUCGCGAAAGUCGUUCAAAAACAGUGGAACAAAAUAUUCAAAAUGUGUUCAGCUAAACUAGUGCCGAAUAACACGCCUAGUGUGCUGUACACAGUUCUUGUCGAGGUGUCACAGGAUGCGUUGGUUUCAAUAUUUUACGCUAGCUAUUGUGCUACUAGAGGUAAUACAUUUCAACUUCUUGAGUUUUUCUUUAUUUGAAGUAUCUGUUUUUUUCUCUAUUCUAAGGUUAAUUAUGUACACGGAGACUUUGGUAUAUCGCCAAUAAUUUCUGGUUCUGGCACAGUGGAAUCGUACGCGGGGCGAAUUCGUGACGAAGCGGAUGGAAUUGUCAGUGCGUACGGCGACAUCACGCUUGAUGGACCAUCGGAAGCAUUUAAUCAAGGAGCUGCUGCUCUCAAGACGAUGUACGAGGCUAUUGUAAACUUUGUACAACCCAUCGCCCAAUCCAUCGCUACAUUGGCCCCGAACGAUGUGGGCCCGGCAGAAAAUCUGUUCGGAGAUGCCGAUACGAAGAUUGCCACCAUGCUCACCUUUAUUACGGGUAAUGCACAAACCCAACUCGCUACAAUACAGCAGAAAGUCAGUGUGUUUGUGCGCAACGAGCUAAAUGACAUCCUGAAUACUAUUAAAGCAACACUAACCGAACUUCGGAGUGCACUGAGUUCACUCCGCACCGCUGUGAUUAGUGCACGCACGAAUCGUGCAACUUCGUCGAAUGUCCACACGUACGUGAAACCGUCGAUGGUGGUGCUAGUGCAGACAAAAACACUUCAGCUCGCUACCGAUCUGCCAGCAGCUGCGUUCUCCGCUAUUGAGACGGCACGUACGAUUAAUCAAGCUAACAUAUUCCUCGAGACCGGUAUCUCCGUGUCCAGCGGUACGACACUGGCCGAACUGUGGGAAAGCGAGAUGCUUAAAGAUUACGAAAAGAUUAUAAACUUUUUAAACAGUUUGAUUACGCUGGUAGACACGGAGAUCCCACUAGUGAACGAGCGCAUUGCUAUGUUUGCUGAAACAUUUAGCCCACUGACGACACCGCUCGAAGAGAAGUAUAGUGAGAUCGAUACGGUGUACGAUCAGAUCACUACCGGCACGGAAGAUAACGUACUCAAUGCGUACAAAACGCUCGUUUCUUCUGCGCUCGGGUACAUCCGAAACCUGCUGAUCGUUUACUUCCCACCGAUCGAACCUGCCAUUAAGCGUCUGUCGGAGGUGUUAGUGCAACGUGGACUGUACGCUGAUUACUGCUACGAAACGUACUAUCCGAAGGUGGAACAGUAUCUGUUUUCGGGCGAGAUGGCUAUGCUGUCGUGUCUCAAUACAGAGCUGGAGCGUGAAAAGUAUCUGAUGGAAGCGUUGGUGGAGGUCCUGUAUCAGAUGCAGUUCUUCCUGGAGGACACCAAUGCACAUCUGAAGAUAUGCUACCGUUUGUCGCUGUUCGAUACACCGUUGGCUAAUGAGUGUUUGCAGGAGCAUACGGAAUUCUCAGAACCGAUACCUUGCACGGCUAUUAAGGAGUACGCCACGAUGCUUCAGCUUCUGUGUAAGGAAGUUGACUCGCUACGGUUCCGACUUUGGGCCUGUGUGUCACGCGAUACGGUAACCUUCCCGCUCGAAGCACAAGACAUUUUGGCCGGCAUUGAAAAGUGUCAACUGAGUGGUCCUUUUGCAUAGUCGUAUCCUUAGUAAGUUCAAUGCUACCCAAAUAAAUAUGGAUGCUACGUGUUUCAUUUAAAUUAUCAUAGAAAAGUGUUUUAAAUCCCUGUUGAAUGCCAACAAACCGAUAGACUGGAUUCAAUUUUCGGACCGAACUAGAAGUUAAUCGAGAUGAGUAAUGGCUUCGGAUGAUAGUGUACCUCCCAUAGGCAGGUGUACCCAACGCACGAAGGGACACGCGAACUAAUCCCUAGGACAUCUCUUAAAUGAUAAAUUUCUUUUCCACUACCGUUGGACCAGAGACCGAAAACCUUCACCAAGCAGGGCCGGACUUCAUCUAUUUCGCUUUUAGCUGUGUUUUCUGUUUCCCAAAUCUAACGCUAGGUAACUUGCCAGCCACCGUUAACCGUUGCGUCAUCGAUUGUAUUUAUUUUAUUGAUUCGUUACGAUGCCAAAUCCUUCGAUCCUACAGGAGCAACAAAAACUCCAGGACUAAAACCCAAACACGGAACGUGCUGUGGUUUUUGUGGGGUUUUUUUUUUGCUGUCUUCCUCGAAGCUGUCCGACUAUUUCGGUGUGUCUCUUAUUUAUUAGCUCCGGCGCUAUUAUGCCACCGAACCUGGAACACCGUACUGCUGCAAUCAUUUUUCCUCCAUUCCCGGCCACA